AUGGUGCGCGGUGUAGGUUGUUGCACUGAGAGAGAAGUGAAGAGGGGGCCUUGGAGUGAAGAAGAGGACAAUAUACUCAUACAACAUAUAAAUAAGUAUGGGCCUGGUCAUUGGCACAAGUUGGCUGAGCUUGCAGGUUUGUUGAGAUGUGGGAAGAGUUGCAGGCUGCGGUAUAUGAACUAUUUGCAACCCAAUAUAAAGCGAGGAAAGUUUUCCUCUUCUGAAGAAGAAAAAAUAUUAUACUACCAUGAUAGGCUUGGGAACAAGUGGUCUGAAAUAGCGAAGCAUCUGCCAGGGCGGACAGACAAUGACAUAAAAAACCUGUGGAAUACUCGUCUGAAGAGAAGAUCAAAAAAAUCCAUGAUACAAAAUCCAUCUACCCAGGUAUUAUCUUUAUACGUAGCCUCUCUUGAGAAGGAAGCAAGAAUAGGAAGGGUUUUGAUGAACCUUGUUGCCAGAGGAACUAUUAACCUGGACAACAAUAACUUUUUAAGGUCUGCAUUCCAAGGCACUGAGAUGGUAGCAAGGCCUGUGCUGUCAAAUUUUUUAGUUCAAAAACAAUAUGAACAAUUACCACAAGAUAAUCCUCAGAGUUCCUUCCAAUAUUGUAUCCAAGAUAAUGAUCUGACAUCAUUUUCACCAGGCUUUAAUGCUCAAAUUCUUAGUCAAAUUGGCAAUAAUAACUUUCUACCAUCAGAACCUGAAGCUGAUUCGCUUAUGGCUUUGGUAUCAAGUUCAUCCAAUGGCUCUGAUGAAGUCGCUUCAGACAUUUCAUUUACUCCUGUGGUAAAUACUCAACUGGACCAUAAAUUUUUAAGGCCUGUAUUCCAAGGCACUGAGAUAACAGCAAGGCCUAUGGUGUCAAAUUUUGUGGGUCAAAAACAGGAUGAACAAUUAACACCAGAGAAUGAUCAGACUUUCUUUGAAGAUUUUAUCCAAGGUAAUGAUCGGACAUCAUUUUCCACUGGCUUUAUUAAUGGUGAAAUUCUUAAUCAAAUUGGCAAUAAUAACUUUCUGCCAACAGAACAUGAGUCUGAUUCGCUUCUUGCUUUGGUAUCAAGCCCAUCUAAUGGCUAUGAUGAAGCAACCUCAAACAUUUCAUCUACUCCUAUGGUAAAUAGUGACGUCUAUGCAGCAUCAAUUUCACUGGAGGAAUGGCUUGAUUUAUAA